CGCACGGAUGUCCGUUACUUCCAGGCAGCGCGCGUACGCCACUGUAGGCAAGCGUGGAGAGGUCGGGCGCGCGGGGUAAUCGCGGUGGUGAGGUAACGCCGGGCACGAGGCGGUUAUCUGUUCCUUUUCGACAAGAACGGAAGGUGCAAUUGCCAUUGUAGCUACACCGAGCUCAGCGAUAAAAGGAAAGCUGCUUCCGCCUUAGGACGCCUCUGAGAGAAACAACCGCAGCGUCAGGUUCGAUAUCUUCUAGGCCGCUGUGGGCGGGGUUUAUACGGAUUUGGCCGGCCCACUCGGGCCCCGCGCAUUUCAGGAUGUCGGCACAGGCUCAGAUGCGCGCGAUGCUGGACCAACUCAUGGGCACCUCCCGUGACGGGGAUACUACACGUCAGCGAAUUAAAUUCAGUGAUGACAGAGUGUGCAAAAGUCAUCUUCUCAACUGUUGUCCUCAUGAUGUCCUUUUAGGAACAAGGAUGGAUCUUGGAGAAUGUCUGAAGGUGCAUGAUUUGGCGUUAAGAGCAGAUUAUGAAAUUGCAUCAAAAGAGCAAGACUUUUUCUUUGAACUUGAUGCGAUGGAUCACCUGCAAUCAUUCAUUGCUGACUGUGAUAGGAAAACUGAAGUGUCAAAGAAAAGAUUGGCUGAAACUCAAGAAGAGAUCAGUGCUGAAGUUGCAGCCAAAGCUGAACGAGUCCAUGAAUUAAAUGAGGAAAUAGGAAAACUGCUUGCUAAAGUUGAACAACUUGGAGCUGAUGGAAAUGUGGAAGAGUCUCAGAAAGUAAUGGAUGAAGUAGAGAAAGCAAGGGCAAAGAAAAGAGAAGCAGAGGAAGUGUACCGGAAUUCCAUGCCUGCUUCCAGUUUCCAGCAGCAAAAGCUACGGGUUUGUGAAGUAUGCUCAGCCUAUCUUGGCCUACAUGAUAAUGACCGGCGACUUGCUGAUCAUUUUGGAGGAAAAUUGCACUUGGGUUUUAUUGAAAUAAGAGAAAAGCUUGAAGAACUAAGGAGAGUUGUGGCUGACAAGCAAGAGAAACGAAAUCAGGAACGUUUAAAGCGGAGAGAAGAAAGGGAGAAAGAAGAAAGAGAGAAGUUAAGAAGAUCUCGUUCUCACAGCAAGAACCCCAAAAGAUCUAGAUCCCGAGAUCGCCGUAAACAUCGAUCUCGGUCAUCCUCUCGUGAACGAAAGAAAAGAACCCGUUCCAGGUCUCGUGAAAAGCGACAUCAUAGGUCUCGUUCUACUAGUCGCAGCCGUAGUCACAGUCACCAUAGGAGCAGGCAUAGCUCCAGAGACGGAAGCAGAGAACGCAAUUCCAAAAAAAGAUCAUCAAAAGAAAGAUCUUCUAGAGAUCAAGAACGAACCAGAGAUCGUAACAGAACAUCAUGUGACAAAGAAAGUUGCCCCAGAGAAAAGUCUCCAAGAGAUCGAAACUGCAAAGAAAAGAAGCGAUCUUAUGAAAGUGCAAAUGGUAGAUCAGAAGACAGGAGAAGCUCAGAGGAGCGUGAAGCAGGAGAGAUAUAACUGGCUGUACAUUCACUUGAUGCUUUACCUUCCUAUGAAGUUGCAUACUGUGGUUUAGUUUACAGUUAUUAAAAGGGACACCAGUGAGCAAUUCCAAUGUUUAUCCAUCUAGGAUAGAUGUACAGUGUAUAAACAUGGUUAUAAUGAAGUCUGAAUGGAUCAGUUUCCAUUGAUGAUAACUCGAUGAUAAGUGAAGCAGUUUCCUUUUUUCUUCUCUUCCAGUAAACUUGUAAGACAUAUUUUCAAAGAUCUAUCUUCAAGAUACCAGGUUUAUGUACCAACAUAAUAGAUUUAAAUGUUUUAUUCUCCAAUACAGGUUAUAGUGAACAAAACUAUAGUGUGCUCUUUGCUUUGGAUGCUUUCAAAACUUUAUAAGCUCUUCUAAUUUUAUUCUUUCAAACAGCAGCACUGAAUCAUUUUUAAAGAGGUUGAGUGGGUUCCAGGCUUUUAUUACCACCAGAAGAUUGCGUUCUCAGUUCCUGCUUGAGAACUGAACAUGUUUGGCAAUGUUUAGGUUGGGGACAUGUGCUGAAGAAAAUGACAACUUUUAAAUUUUAUUUUUAUUUAGACUUGGAAGUCAAACAGCUGUUGCAUUUCACCUUUCAAUUUUUUUUGAAACUUUGAAAUCAAAGCCAGUCCCAUAUCUUUGUACAAUUUAAUUGGUCUAUGUUCAAUAUAUUUGUUUUUUCUUUCAAAAUGAUUUUUCUGGGGGUUUUUCUUAUGGUGUGUUUACUGCACAUCCUUAAUUGUAUACAGCAAACAAUAAUAAAGUAAGCAAAAAUAAUUUUUGUCCAGUGAAAUAGCUGUGUGUUCCCACUCCCUCUUAACAACUGAAGUGCAUGCUUCUAACAUUGCUACGUUUUUCAAUUAAAUCUGGAAACCUAUUCUCAUAUUUAUUUGAAAGGCAAUGUUUCAUACAUUUGUUCAUGAGUGUACUACUAAGUCUAAAAUACUUUAUGUAACUCAUAUUUCUAUGCAUAUGAAAUACAACUUUCUUUGAGGAGGUAAGUUUUAACAACUGAAUUGUGCACUGACAUUCCAACAGACAUUUUAGACAGAGUAGAGAAAUUUAUUGUCAGAUAUAUCAUUGCAUAAUAUACUUCAACAACCCAAGUAUGUGUAGAUAUAUUACCUUCCAUUAAUUUGUCACAAAAAAUUAAUAUCUAAUUUGGAGCUGAAAUUGCUUCAGAUUCUUUUCUUUUUUUAUAGUUUAAUGGCUUUUGUAAUGAUGAACUUUUUCCUCAGUUAAGAGAAACUAUAUCAGUGAAACCUGUAAACUAACUUUGUUCUUUCCUUGCUGUCCUUAGAUGAUUAACUAAUCCCAACAAGUUUUGUUUUUAAAAUUCUUUGAAAUGACAAGUACAAAAUUCAUUAUUGUCAAAUAAUGCUUAGUUGAUCAAUCUUAAUAGUUAACUAAUAUGUUAAUCAGGGCUAUUGUUGCAUUUUAAAUUUACAAAAUGAAAGUAUGCAUACUUUUGGAAUUUUUAAAAUGUAGAUAUAAAGUUUUAUUUUCAGUAACAGAUACAUACCCUUCCUCAGAA